AUGUUCCUUAUUUUUAUCCUCCUGCUCAUCGGAGUCUCCGCUGAAUGGAUCGAAAUAACUCAACAGUACAGGAAACCUACCAAUAAGCAUUCGUCAGAGAGUGACCAAGUGUACUUUAAUGAUAGCAUUGAGCAUUGGCAUCAAAGUCAAGAUUUUUUCAGUGUUCGUGAUCGAGUUAACAGCAACGUGUACCAUAAAGUGAACUUUGAUAUUAACAGUGACAAUAAAAAGAAAGUUCCAACAGAGAGCAUGGGUAAAAUAGAGAGAGUGUCUAUUAGCAAAGUAGGUAACGUGAAACGUGUUCAGAUAUCUGAUUCUACUGUGAAAUCGUCUGCAAUAAAAACUGAAAAUAGCAGGCUGGUUACUACUGCUAGAGAUAAACUUAGUGACACAGCGAAACAAAAUAAUUUAAGAAAUAAUUUACAAGAUAAUCGUAAGGAGCAUCAAGCCACUGAACCUAUAGCAACACCAGUAAAUACAAACAAAAAUUUAAAUUCAAGUUUAGUUCUGGAUAAUCCAUUGAAAAGUUACAAACCGCUUAGAACAUAUAAAGAAAAGCCCACAUUCGUAAGAAAGGGUGAUUCGUUCGAAGCAGAAGUAACAAAAGAAGAAGAAAAACAACCAAAUAAAAACACAUUAGACUUCAGAAACAAGCCAAUUACUACUGAUAUCCCAAAAAUUGUUUCAAAAGACGAAAAGCUCACACAGAAAAAUGAAAUUUUAACAAUCAACUACGUAAAAGCUAUACAAAAAAAGAACAAUAAAAUCUCAAACAAACAAGAUGCAAGCAAUAAUAAGAAUGAACCUCACAAAUCUAUUGUUGAAGAUCCAAAAGAUAGCACUUUGGAAACUGUUAUUAAAUUUAUGAAAAUAAUAACUGACACUAUAUCGAAAAAUACCAGAAAAAAAAUUAGUACUAAAGUUAGGUAUUUAGAAGAUCUGAGAAAUACAAUAUUAACCAACAUUAAGCACCGUAUCGACGUGACCUGGCCCGACGACUCAGAUCGACAGAAACGCUCGGCGGAUGAUGCGCGAGGCCACGUUCAGUUUCCAUCAUCCGAGAGCGCCCUUAUGACCAUCUCAUUUUUGACCUUCGCUGUUUUCCUCAUAAAACUUGUGCUGCAAGUUAUACAAACAUACAAGAGCAAAACGAUGAUGGUAGCUCCCGUGGUAGUGACAGCUGCUGGUAGAGCCUCACAAGAUUACUGGCGUUCCAACCAAGAUUAAAAUAAUGUAAUUUCUUAAAUGUCUACUUCAAUGUUAUAAUUAAUAAAUUUUAAUAUUAGAAA